UCUGAAAAUGGAAGGUGAUUUCACACAGCGUGAACUUGUGCCCGUCAGGCCAGGAGAAAGAGCCCCGAUCGUCAAACAUGCAGACAAUCUCAAGAUGGAGGGUGACUUCGCUCAGCGCGAAGUUGUAACUGUCAAGACCGGCCAGCGCGCCGCCAUCGUCAGACAUGAAGAUAAUCUUACCACUGAGGGUGAGUUUACAGUCACGCGGAGUCGAGACGACUUCUCGGGACAGCGCGGCGAGAGGGUGGAGGUCACCAUCCGCCAGGACAACCUCCGCAUGGAUGGGGAAUUCACUGAGUCUAGGUCCAGGGACGACUACCGCUACACGCAGGCCGAACGCGUCACACAAGUACGACACGAGGACAACCUGCGCAUGGAGGGUGACUUCACGCAACGUGUUGUCCAAACUGUCACUCCAGGAGAACGGCCUAAGGCUAUCAAACCCAAAGACAACCUCAAGCAGGAAGGCGACUUCGAGAGGCCGACACAGGAGCCAGUGCGUCCGGGUGAGAGAGCUCCAAUCGUCAAGCACCCAGACAAUCUAAAAAUGGAGGGAGACUUCACUCAAAGAGAACGUGAACCGGUGCGUCCUGGAGAACGCGCCCCUAUUGUCAAGCACCCGGACAAUCUGAAAAUGGAGGGAGAUUUCCCUCAAAGAGAGAAAACUCCAGUUCGCCCUGGCGAGCGUGCUCCUAUGGUCAAGCACCCAGACAAUCUGAAAAUGGAGGGAGAUUUUCCUCAACGAGAAAGGGCACCUGUGCGUCCUGGAGAAAGGGCCCCUAUUGUUCGUCACCCCGACAAUCUGAAAAUGGAAGGGGACUUUUCGCAGCGAGAAUAUGAGCCUGUACGAAACGGCGAGCGUGCUCCCAUGGUCAAACACCCGGACAACUUGAAGAUGGAGGGAGAUUUCACUCAGAGGGAGAGGACUCCGGUUCGACCAGGAGAACGGGCUCCAAUGGUAAAACAUCCGGAUAAUUUGAAAAUGGAAGGAGAUUUCCCCCAGAGACAACGUGAGCCAGUCAGGCCAGGGGAACGUGCACCCAUCGUUAAGCACCCUGACAAUCUUAAGAUGGAAGGUGCCUUCCCGCAACGAGAAUAUGAGCCUGUACGACCCGGCGAGCGUGCUCCUAUGGUCAAGCACCCGGACAACCUCAAAAUGGAGGGUGAUUUCCCACAAAGAGAGAGAACACCAGUUCGUCCUGGUGAGCGCGCCCCCAUGGUCAAGCAUCCCGACAACCUGAAGAUGGAAGGUGAUUUCACGCAAAGAGAAUAUGAACCAGUGAAACCAGGGGAAAGAGCGCCAAUUGUAAGACACCCCGACAACCUUAAGAUGGAGGGAGAUUUCCCCCAGAGAGAGAUGACUCCAGUACGGCCAGGCGAACGCGCCCCGAUGGUAAAGCACCCUGACAACCUGAAGAUGGAGGGUGAUUUCACACAAAGAGAGAGAACGCCUGUCCGUCCAGGAGAACGAGCACCUAUGGUUAAACAUCCGGACAAUCUGAAAAUGGAAGGUGAUUUUACGCAAAGAGAAUAUGAACCAGUGAAACCAGGGGAAAGAGCGCCAAUUGUAAGACAUCCCGACAACCUUAAGAUGGAGGGAGAUUUCCCUCAAAGAGAGAGGACUCCAGUACGACCAGGCGAACGCGCCCCGAUGGUAAAGCAUCCUGACAACCUAAAAAUGGAGGGAGAUUUCCCUCAG